GCCGAGUGCGCCUGCGCACGACGAUCCCAUUCUUGUGCUGCAGGCAGCAUUCCGGGUGGAGAGAAAAGGACAUUUAGGCCGUCAACCUUUACAAAGCACAUUAGCAGAGUGUGUGUCUACAACCACAAGAGACCUUUAAACAAACUAUGGGCUCUCGAGGGCAGAUCCCAGGAAAAGACACGGAUAUGUAAUCUGGCCACCAUCCUACUCCUCCUUUGCUGCUCCCCUAAAGUACCCUUUCCAACACUUAGCAGUGGUGAGAAGUCAGCGCUCCCCAGCUGCUGCGCGGGCACACAUGGUGCAUAGCUACCAUUCCCACAGCCCAACUACAUCAGUCUCGAGGGCACAGCCACUAGCUAGCUAGUGGGCUAGCCGUUCCCACUUCAGGACGGACGGUCUUUUGGAAGAAACUACAAACUUGUCUCGGCUCAUUGUUCAAAAAGCCAGUUGAGUUUAGUGUGAUUGACAGAGGCAAAUAAGGAGACAAUUAAAAGGCUGAUGGAGGCCAACAUGGAGAGCUGCCUGGCCCACGUCCUGCAAAAAGAUGUGGGCAAGCGCCUACAGACGGGCCAAGACAUCAUUGACUAUAUCUUGGACAAAGACAAGUCUCGGGACCUUGAACAGGACCAGACUGCUCUUGAUAAGAUGGUGGAUGGCAUCGCAAGCUCUUGGGUCAAUUCCAGCAAUUUCAAGGUGGCUCUCCUCGGCUUGGACAUGCUCGCUGCUUUACUGACCAGGUUACAAGAACGCUUUAAAGCUCAGGUGGGAACAGUUCUGCCCAGUCUUAUUGAUCGAUUGGGGGAUUCAAAAGACCAAGUGAGAGAACAGGACCAAGCACUGCUGUUAAAGAUCAUGGAACAAGCUGCAACUCCGCAGUUUGUUUGGGACCGAAUGCUGGGAGGCUUCAAACAUAAGAACAACAGGACAAGAGAAGGAGUGUGCCUUUGCCUUAUUGCCACAUUGAAUAUGUAUGGAGCAAAUGGCCUGACGCUCAGUAAGAUUGUUCCUCACAUAUGUAACCUAUUGGGGGAUCCCACCAGUCAGGUUCGAGAUGGCGCUAUGAGUAGCCUGGUGGAGAUCUACAGACAUGUGGGAGAAAGAGUCAGGAUGGACCUCAGCAAGAAAGGCCUGCCUCAGUCACGCUUGAAUGUCAUCUUCAGCAAGUUUGAUGAAGUUCAACGAUCCGGGAACAUGAAUCCCUCCUCUGGAUCAGAUAAAAACUUUGAAGAUGAGGACUCUGUUGAUGGAGGCCGGUCCUCCUCGUCGUCAUCCUCUAAAGCCCUUCCUGGUGGUAGGAAGCCUGUUAUAACUUCUGCAAGAAGACCCAGCUCUGCAACUACAGCGAAGACCACAGGUAAAGAAGCAGGUGCCGGUGCUGUUGAUGAAGAGGAUUUCAUCAAAUCAUUUGAAGAUGUGCCCUCAGUUCAGAUUUACUCCAACAGGGAGCUGGAGGAGCAGCUGAGUAAGAUCAGAGAAAUUCUAUCAGAUGACAAACACGACUGGGAGCAUCGAGUGGUAGCGCUGAAAAAGGUUCGCUCAUUGAUGAUGGCGGGUGCAGCAGAGUACGAGGGUUUCCCUCAGCAGCUGCGUCUACUGGAGGCGUCGCUCAAACUGUCGGCGAAAGAUUUGCGCUCACAGGUCGUCCGCGAGGCCUGCAUCACUUUGGGACAUUUGUCAUCCCUGCUGGGUAACAAGUUUGACCACGGGGCAGAAAGCAUCAUGCCCAUCCUGCUCAACCUGGUGCCCAACAGUGCCAAAAUCAUGGCGACGUCCGGAAUGGCUGUGAUCCGUCUAAUCCUGCGGCAUACACACUACCCGCGUCUUAUCCCCAUCAUUACAAGUAACUGCGCCUCCAAAUCAGUCGCAGUCAGACGACGCUGUUAUGAGUUUUUAGACUUAAUGCUGCAUGAGUGGCACACAAACACACUGGAAAGACAUGUUGCUGUCCUCACUGAAACCAUCAGGAAAGGAAUCCAUGAUGCUGAUUCUGAGGCUAGGUCCAUUGCCAGGAAAUGUUACUGGGGCUUUCAUGGUCACUUUAGCCGUGAGGCAGAGCACCUGUUCCAAGCGCUGGAGUCCACGUAUCAGAAAGCACUGCAGACUCACCUGAAGAGUUCCGACAGCAUUGUUUCUUUACCCCAAUCAGAUCGUUCCUCGUCGUCUUCACAGGAGAGUCUAAAUCGACCACUGUCUGUGAGGACAGUCAUUGGUGGCAGCUUAGCAAGAACUAAGAUAGUGAGCACCCGCUUACCACUUACACCAGGUGCUCUCCAACGUUCCCGUAGCGACGUGGAUGUAAACGCUGCCUCCAGCGCCAAGUCCAGGGUGUCCACUGUUCCAGCAUCCUCACCAUUCAGCUCAGCAGCCGCCCUUCCCCCUGGAUCUUAUGCUUCUUUAGGUCGUGUGCGUACCAGAAGGCAAAGUUCUGGGAGUGCAAGCAGCUCCAGUACAUCAUUGGUGGACCGUAGAGGGCGCAGUCGAGCCAAAGUGGUGUCCCAGUCCCAGCGAUCCAGAUCAGCCAAUCCCAUCAGUGCUGGCAGUCGCUCCAGCUCCCCAGGAAAGCUGCUUGGACACGGCAGCCACCGUCGCGUCCCUCGCACCACAGUGUCCCUGUCCAACACGCCAGCUGACAAGCGCAGCAGGAUCCCUCGCAGCCAAGGAUGCAGCCGAGAGACUAGCCCGAGUCGCCUUGGCUUAGCCCGGAGCCGCAUUCCCCGUCCCAGCAUGAGUCAGGGUUGCAGUCGUGAUACUAGUCGCGAGAGCAGCCGUGACACCAGCCCUGCCCGAGGCUUCACUCCUCUGGCCUCUCGACGUCACUCCCGUUCAACCAGUGCUCUCACAGCCGACCCCAAUGGCCAGUCAGAUCGCUAUGGGUUGAUCCACCAAGCAAGAAUCUCAGCGUCAGUAAAUGCAAUGAGGGUCCUUAACACUGGAACUGAGGUGGAAGCCGCAGUUGCUGAUGCUCUGAGGAAGCCAAUGAGGCGGCGGUACGAAUCACCAGGAAUGUACUCUGAUGAUGACGCCAACAGCGACGCAUCAAGUGCCUGCUCAGAGCGCUCUUAUGGCUCAAGAAACGGCGUCAUCCCACAUUACCUUCGCCAGACUGAGGACGUGGCGGAGGUUCUUAACCACUGUGCCAGUUCCAAUUGGUCCGAACGAAAGGAGGGUCUUCUGGGACUUCAGAAUCUGCUCAAGGGUCAAAGAAUAUUGAGUCGAGUGGAGCUGAAGAGACUUUGUGAAAUUUUCACAAGAAUGUUUGCAGAUCCACACAGCAAGAGAGUGUUCAGCAUGUUCCUGGAGACUCUUGUGGAUUUCAUCACGGUGCACCGAGAGGACCUGCAGGACUGGCUGUUUGUCCUGCUCACCCAGCUGCUGAAAAAGAUGGGUGCAGACCUGCUUGGUUCAGUGCAGGCCAAAGUCCAAAAAGCUUUGGACAUCACAAGAGAGUCUUUCCCGUUUGACCAGCAGUUUAAUAUUUUAAUGAGGUUCAUUGUGGAUCAGACACAGACCCCAAACCUGAAGGUGAAGGUGGCCAUUUUGAAGUACAUUGAGUCUUUGGCGCGGCAAAUGGACCCGACAGAUUUUGUCAACUCCAGCGAGACUCGCCUGGCCGUCUCUCGCAUCAUCACCUGGACCACUGAACCCAAAAGCUCUGAUGUCAGGAAGGCUGCCCAGGUGGUGCUGAUUGCCUUGUUUGAGCUCAACACGCCAGAGUUCACCAUGCUGCUGGGAGCACUGCCCAAGACCUUCCAGGACGGUGCCACCAAAUUACUGCACAACCACCUAAAGAACUCAAAUAACGGCAGCAGCAGCGUUGGGUCUCCAAGUAACACGAUUGGUCGCACGCCACCUCGCCACACGCCGAGUAGAAGUAGCCCACUCACCUCUCCAACUAACUGCUCACAUGGAGGACUUUCGCCAAGUCGGUUAUGGGGUUGGGGUGUCGACGGACUGGCAAAGCAACCCCCCGCCCUUACUCCUCUUCCUCCGCCUAACUCCAACCCUGCUGCUCCUUCUUUCAGGGUCCUGCGUAGAGCUCCCUCACCCAGCAUGAUGGAGUACGACACUGAGAACAUGAACUCGGAGGAUAUCUACAGUUCCCUGCGUGGCGUCACAGAGGCCAUCCAGAGCUUCAGCUACCGCAGCCAAGAAGAUCUGAAUGAGUCUAUCAGACGAGAGGGCAAGCGAGAUGAUGCGGCUGGGAGAGAAGGAAUAUCGUCUAGUCCUGCUUCUGAUGUUCGCCCGGGAUCAGAUGCACAGGAAGUGGGUCGCACUGCUUUGGACAACAAGACAUCGUUGCUCAACACACCAUCACCACGCUCAUUUUCCGGGCCCAGGAGUCGGGAAUUUGCUCCUUACGGCCACGGAGAAACCAUCUGCACCUACGACAAGAGCGCCCUUAAGGAGGCAGUGUUUGAUGACGACGUGGAACAGUUCCGUGACUUUGGUCAGGAUCAUUCAGACAUGGUUGCUGACCUUCUGAAGGAGCUGUCCAAUCACAAUGAGCGCUCUGAUGAACGUAAGGGUGCCUUGGUGGAGCUACUGAAGAUCACGAAAGACAAUAGCCUGGCUGUGUGGGAUGAACAUUUCAAAACUGUCCUCCUCCUCCUGCUUGAAACACUGGGAGAUAAAGAUCACACAGUCCGAGCCUUGGCGCUGCGUGUGUUGAAAGAAAUAUUACGGAAUCAACCGGCCCGCUUCAAGAAUUAUGCAGAACUAACAAUCAUGAAGACCUUGGAGGCACACAAAGAUUCUCACAAAGAGGUGGUGCGUGCGGCUGAGGAGGCGUCUUCAACACUGGCAGGAUCAAUUAAUCCUGAACAAUGUAUCAAAGUUCUGUGUCCUAUUGUACAAACUGCUGAUUAUCCAAUCAACUUAGCUGCCAUCAAGAUGCAAACUAAAGUCAUUGAACGCGUCACCAAGGACUCACUAGUGCAGUUGCUGGCUGACAUCACUGGUCUGUUGCAGGGCUACGACAACACAGAAAGCAGCGUUCGUAAGGCCAGUGUGUUUUGUCUGGUGGCAAUCUACUCUGUAAUUGGUGAGGACCUCAAACCUCACUUGGCACAGCUGACAGGCAGCAAGAUGAAAUUAUUAAAUUUGUACAUCAAGAGAGCUCAGACGACAAACAGCAACAGCAGCAGUUCUUCUGAUGUCUCCUCCCACAGUUAACAACUUUGCUCAUCUUCAACAAUAGGUAGAACACGUUCAUACCUCUUCAACCAAAUGUACAAAUCAAUUACUUCAUUAGAAAAUAUAUGUACAAAAAAGCAUCACUCUUGUAGUUUAUUUGAAGUAAUUUUAAGUUAAUUAAGAAACAAAACACUAUUGUAUUCUUCUUUUGAGCUUUUUUUUCUUCUUAAGAGUUGGGCGAGACCACAAGUAUACACGCGUGCAAGCACACAUACACACACACACACACACACACAAACGCACACACACUUUGUUGACUGGCAUGUACAAAGUAUUAGCUUACUAAAAACUGUGAAUUAGUUGUGACGAUGCAAACGCAGUAUUCUCCUGUGUGUACCACCAAUAAUUAAGUCGUACUUUGUAAAUACACCUGUAGGAUUCUGCUUGGCAACGUGUGGCUUGCUGAUGUCAAUCAUUUCUACCUUUUAUUUGGCGUAAAAUAUUCCCAUUUUUGUGGACAAAAAAAAAAAGGAAAACUCUUGAAUUUUUUUUUUUUUAAUUCAGCAUCAAUUUAAGAUGAAACUGUCCAAACUUUUUACAGCCAAUAAAAAAAUUACUAAAACCUGGAUGGCGUCCAUUUUGAUAAAAUACAAAAAAACCUAAUCCAAUGUAAGUGAAGCAGUUAAAUAUACCUAACCUUCUAAAUAUAUUUUUAUUUACUAUUUCCUUCAUCUAAAAUGUAUUUAUUUAAUUCUCAAUGUUCGUGUGUGUGGGGGAGCGGGGUAAAUUUAUUUUGUAAGUUAUUUUUAUUUUGAAAAAUUUAAAUGAUUCCUAGCUCAUGAGAUUUUUUUUUGAUUUUUUUAUUUAUUUAAAUGCCUUUAACUGUAUUUGAUCUCACAUCUAAUAUAUUUAAUUUAAAUAUUUUGUAGGUGCAUACAAAAUAAAAUGCCUUCCUAUUUAUUUAACCCAUCUGAAACUUUAAUGAAUGAAUAUUCUCCAAAUCCAUACAGUAUAAAAAAGGCCUUUAUAAUUGUAUAUUAUGAUCUUAAAUCUGAUAUUGUCUUUUCACUAGGUACAUUAAUAAAAAUAGAACCCAAAACAUUUUGUCUAAAUAAAUAGGUAAAAAUCCCUAUAUGUGAUUUUAAUACAUGUUUAUGUUUCCUUGUUACAAAAAUAUUAAAUAAGCCAAUAUAUUAUAUAUAUUUGGGGGGAGGGGGGGGCAAAUGUAUUUAUAAUUUUGAAUAACCUCAAAUCAAAAAGUUUUUUGAUUUGAGUUUAUAAACAAUUAUAAAGAUUUAAUAAAUUAAUGUAUUGCCAGAUUUUAUAAAUAUCACAAAAGCUAAUAACUUAGAAAAAAUUUAGAAAAUGUAUUAUUUAGAUUAUACAUGCAUACCCAUUUUUUUUUUUUUUUUACAUAGCAAACCACUUUUUUUCAUAACGUGUGAAUAUUUUCCUUUUUAUUGAGUUCUUGAUUACAUUCUAAUGCAGACUGUUUUGUUUAUUUUUUUUCCAUCUUAAAUGAAAAAAAAAAUCACUUUAGCCUGGUCUGCUGUUAACACCACAGUUCUAUUUUGGCACUUAAAAUUGGCCCAUCCCCCUGCAAAUUACACACUGGUAAAUUUGGUACGGCUUUUGUACCAGAUUUUGGACACGCUUAACUUAAAGCAGGAGUGUCCAAAGUGUGUCUGACAGCUCAAGUUUUGUUGGCCCGCACAUAUUGUCGAAAAUAAAUUUAACAAAAAAAACAUAAUUUAAUGCAAAAAAGCAGAAUGUUUGAUAAUAGUUUCAAUAAUGUUAUUAAUAAGUAUUAUUACGCUUUGUCACUUAUAACACAAACCUGACACAACAUUUUUUUUAGCAGACAUUUUAGUUUUUUUGAAAAUGGUCCCAUGCUAUGACUUUGCAGUAUGUGGCUGUUGGUGGAAAAAGUUUGGACACAACUGAUUUAUGGAGAUGAAUGUGUCUUUUUAUACAACCCCAAAAAUAUUUGCAAACAAAAACUAUAUUUGAAAUUAAAACAAAAUAUUUCCAAACCCAAAAUGUUGGUUACAAAUAUUUUUUUGGUUACGACCUAUUUUAUUUUUAGUUGCAAGUCUUUUUUAUUUUUAUUUUUUUUAUUUUUGCUGGGCCGCCCGCUAAACAAUACAAGGCAAGCAAAACUUUUUGUUUGUUAGAAAAUGUUUUGGUUUCAUAAAAAGACAUGUUUUUCUCCAUAAGUAAGUCAUUACGAUGUCAAAAGAUAUGAAAAAGUGUAAAACGUUGAAGUCAGCAUUAUUCAAUAUAAUGGUUACUUUGGUGCCUUUGAGCAACAAUCUUCAUCAAAAGAAGAACUUUUAGUUGAAAGAUUUUUGAUUUUCUAAUCAAUGAAUGUUUUCUUACUUUCUUCCAUCGCAUGUUGGAUCACAUGCAACAUGGACGCCUUCUUAAUGUACAUGCCAGCUCUUUGGAUAUCUUUUCAUAUUUCUGAGAUUUCAAUAUUUUUAUUUAUUUGAUGAGUCAUGCUAACAUGUGCAUGAUGAUGACAUCACUGCUGGACUUGCAACAAUGGAAAUAAAAUGUUUCAGUAAUAAACAGACUGAAGAUUU